CACAGUGCGAGUUUUUUUUUACAAACGCGGACAACGAGUAAGAAGAACAGUUGGCUCUUUCCCAAGACCACCGUGUUGUAAUUGUAUUAAUACACACAGAAACCAACUCAAAGCAAAAACGAGGAAGAGGUCUUAAACAAGAUUCUUGCUUGGCCUGUAGAGAGUUCUUCUUCUCUUUGCAUCAGUCAUGGCCACACGCAGUAUCUCGUUCUUCAGAUUUCUUCUCCUUUUUCUCACACUCUCAGUGAGAAGUAACGGCCAAGGAGUAGGAAUCAACUACGGCCAAAUCGCUAACAACCUCCCAUCUCCGGCGAGAGUUGCAGUUCUCCUCCGAUCACUAAACAUCACAAGAGUUAAACUCUACGACGCAGAUCCAAACGUCCUCUUCUCCUUCUCUAACUCCCAAGUCGAUUUCAUGAUCGGACUAGGUAACGAGUUUCUCCAAAACAUGUCAACUGACCCAACCAAAGCUCAGAGUUGGAUCCAGCAACGACUCCAACCACACAUCUCAAAAACACGUAUAACUUCAAUCGUUGUCGGAAACGAAAUCUUCAAAACCAACGAUCAUGUCCUAAUCUCAAGUCUCUUACCGGCUAUGAAGGCGGUUUACUCUGCUUUAGUCAAUCUCGGUUUAGAGAAACAAGUAACAGUAACAUCAGCUCAUUCACUAGACAUUCUUCAGACAUCGUAUCCUCCUUCGUCUGGAUCGUUCAAAGAAGAGUUCAUUCCAUAUCUCCGACCUCUUCUUGAUUUCCACUCUCAGAUAAAAUCUCCUUUCUUGAUCAACGCAUACCCUUUCUUUGCUUAUAAAGACAGUCCUAAAGAGAUUCCGUUAGAGUACGCUCUGUUUCAGCCGAACCAAGGGAUGGUUGAUUCAAACACGAAUCUUCAUUACGACAACAUGUUGUUUGCGCAAGUCGACGCGCUUUACUCUGCUAUUAAAACGUUGGGACAUACAGAUGUUGAGGUUCGGAUCUCGGAGACGGGAUGGCCUUCUAAAGGAGAGGAGAAUGAGAUCGGAGCUUCGCCGGAGAACGCGGCGCUUUAUAAUGGGAACUUGUUGAGGUUGGUUCAGGCAAGGAAAGGAACUCCGGCGAAGCCAUCUGUUCCGAUUGAUGUUUACGUUUUUGCCCUUUUCAAUGAGAAUCUUAAACCGGGUCCUAUUUCUGAGAGGAAUUAUGGAUUGUUUUAUCCAGAUGGUAAACCCGUUUAUAAUGUCGGUUUGCAGGGUUAUCUCCCUGAUAUUAUCUACAGUUCAAGCGCAACUACAAUCAAGAUCUUGAAUGUGUGGAGAGCCGUGAUGAGUUUGGCUGUAGCGGGGAUGAUACUUGAUAUGGGCGUCAAAAUGAGAAUGAGAUAAGCUUAGCUUGUGUCAUUGUCUGUCCUAACAGAUUUUUAUUUACAAGAAAUAUAUUGUUGUAUUGUAGAUUUGUAGGUGAGGUACACAAUUCUUUGUCAUGUACUAGAUACACAAUAAAAACAAAGUUUUAAUCCGUAAUUGGAAAAUUGUUUAAAUAAAGAUUUUAUUAAUU